UCCUAAAAUUGCAAGCAUCUACUCUCAAUAUGUUAUUGUCUGCCCUGUGAGCAUUUUUUUUCUUCCUGUCAGCCAGUUCACUGUUCUAGCAGUUUAUGUCUCGCGAGAGAAGCUGAGCACGGGCUUGACGAGAUCUGAGGCGCUCAGGUGUAAGAGGCUCUCUCAUCCCCAGCAGUGGGGAAACAGUAGACAGAUAAGUGCGUCUGAGAGACUGCAGGCAUCUCUGUGAUCUCCGGGCUCAAGGCUGCACUCAGCGCGCUGUUCUGCAUCAUUACCGGAAAGGCAAAGACUCUCCGCGCGUCUAUGAGCGGUUCCCCCCUCUCUCGCAGCCGUUUCGCCCGCUUUUUUCCCCCCGUGCACUUUAAUUGGAGAAGCUCGCCAAGAUGAUGUCCAUGAACAGCAAACAGCCGCACUUCGCCAUGCAUCCCUCUUUGCCCGAGCCGAAGUACACCACUCUGCAUUCCAGCUCGGAAGCUAUAAGGAGAGCCUGCCUACAAACUCCACAGCUUCAGAGUAACAUAUUCGCCAGCCUGGAUGAGACCCUGCUGGCCCGGGCAGAGGCUCUGGCGGCCGUGGACAUCGCGGUGUCCCAGGGCAAGGCGCACCCCUUCAAGCCCGACGCCACCUACCACACGAUGAGCACGGUGCCGUGCUCGUCCACGUCCACGGUUCCCCUCGCACACCAUCACCACCACCACCAUCACCACCACCACCAGAACCUGGAGCCUCCGGACAUUAUGGACCACAUCAGCUCGCCGUCCCUCACCCUGAUGUCGAGUGCGCACGACGGGACAGGCGGUGGAGGCGGCGGGGCAGGCGGAGGCGGCGGCGGAGGACUCAUCUCCAGCUCGUCUGCCCACCCGCACUCGCACAUGCACGGCUUGAGCCACCUGUCCCACCAAGCAAUGAGCAUGAACUCGCCGCUCACCCACCACGGGCUCUUACCGGGCCAUCACGGGGGGAGCCAAGGCGGCCCGGGGCUCACUAAUCCCGGACUCUCCUCCAUCAAUGACUCGGACACGGACCCAAGGGAGCUGGAGGCUUUUGCGGAGCGCUUCAAGCAGCGGAGGAUCAAGCUGGGGGUGACCCAGGCGGACGUGGGCAGUGCGCUGGCUAAUCUCAAAAUCCCCGGCGUGGGAUCACUCAGCCAAAGUACAAUUUGUCGAUUUGAGUCAUUAACUCUGUCCCACAACAACAUGAUCGCGCUCAAGCCCAUCCUGCAGGCCUGGCUGGAGGAGGCCGAGGGGGCCCAGAGGGAGAAAAUGAGCAAACCGGACAUUUUCAACGGGGGGGAAAAGAAACGCAAGCGGACCUCGAUAGCGGCACCGGAGAAGAGGUCCUUGGAGGCGUACUUCGCCGUGCAGCCUCGGCCGUCCUCCGAGAAAAUCGCGGCUAUCGCGGAAAAGUUGGACCUGAAAAAAAACGUGGUGCGAGUGUGGUUUUGCAACCAAAGACAGAAGCAGAAGAGGUUGAAAUUUUCUG